AUGAAAGACAUCGUCCUUCCCGACUCCCUCUCUGACUUCACGGAGUGGAUCGGAGGAAUCGCAGAACCACAGGCCUUUGGCUUACAGCCCCGGCAAAGGCAAUGUGUCGACCCAGGUUACUACCCAUGCUCAAGCGGUCUCGGAUGUUGUCCUGGAGGCAGUACCUGUAUCUCUACCGGCUGCUGUCGCGGGAACGCCAAAGAAUGCGGCUCAGGCCGCUGUUACGAUCCAUCAGCACAAAUCUGCUGCAGCAGCGGCACGGCGUGUUUGAAAAGCCAGACUUGCGUCAGUGGAGGAUGCUGCAGCAGAGGCGAGACCAAGUGCGGCUCAUCUGGAUGUUAUAACCCCAACACGUCAGUCUGCUGUGGUGGCGUCGGUAGAAAUUGUCCCAAGGGGUAUGACUGCAUGCCAGGCGGUGGCUGUUGUCCGUCUGGUCAGAAGCGGUGUGGAAAUAGCAAGUGCUAUAAUCCGCGAACAACAACUUGCUGUACCGGCCCUGGAACUGUAUGGGCUUGUCCAAAAUCUAGUGACUGCUGUUCAAGUGGAUAUUGUGCCAAUCCUUCUACCCAACGGUGUUGCAAGAAUGGUUCCUGCUUAAAGGGUACCACGUGCUGCGAGAAAGAGUGCUGUCGAUCAGGGGGCUACUGUGGUUCUGAUGGAUAUUGUAAGCCCUGUCCGGCUGCCACUACGACGAUCAAGUCGACAGAUACAGUUACAACAACCAAGAUGAAGACUGUGCGCGUUACAACUGACAUCGAGCCCGAGACCGGCGACGCUCCUGAGUUUACCUGCGUCCCCAUGACGGCUACAAACGACGAAGGCGCGACACUGGAGCUUGAUGAGGGAUGCACUCUGCAUUACGAACCCCCCGAAGCUACCACCACUGACGACAGCGCCGCUCGUCUUCGUCGUGAUGCCGCGACAGCAUCGGCCCACGUCAACAGAGGAAUCAGCCUCUUGGGCAGACAACUUUCUUGCACACCUUUCACAACCUAUACAACAACAGAAUGGGAGACCGAAACCGAGACCGAAACUGGUACAAAGACUGUCACGGUGCAAGGCGAAGAUGCGACGUUCUCGUGUCCUGAGAUGGAAGUCACCAAUGAUGUCGGCGAUACGCUUGCUCUUGAUGCUGAGUGCGUUUUGUCGUUUACGCCGGCUGAAACAACGAGCUCUGAGGAGGGAGCUUCCGCACAAGAUCAGCCGACGAAUGUCCCGGCUGGAACUGGGGAGAGUACUACUACGGUGACAGCUACUGCAGGAAGUGGAGGCUCAAAUGACAAUAGUGGUUCGAUUGAGCAGGUUUCUUUGUCACUGAUGUUGAGUCUUGCUGGAAUUGCUUUGUUACUCAUUUAA